GUCCCCUCGGAGGCGACGGUACUCCAGGGGAAAGAGAUCAAGCAUCGCGAGACGCGUUUCGAAGCCCACGGAUUUGAGGUCGGUAACCAUUCUCGUAGCGGCCCGCUGGACACGCUCAAUGAGGGUUACGUCUUUCGUGCGUCCAGAGUAGACAACUUGGUUAGCCUAUUCCAGGAGCGGUCUGACGUAGGCUCCAUAGAGUAUUUCGAAGUCCAUGCGACUGUGAUAAUGACAGAUACCUCAAUAAACGAAGAACGCGAUCGGUUUUUCCAAACUUUGUCCGAUUGUUUGACCGCUUGCUCUGAGUACGAUGUUCUCGCACAUGUGGAUGAGUCACACCGACACGAGGUACUUCGAAAACAUGGGCCCUCUCUUGGAAUCUGCGACUGUUCUAUUCCAAUGUUUUACCGCACGUCUCUCGGAACUCCAACUGAGGACCUUCUAGAAAUCGCCCUCCUCUACCUCCUUCUUAUCACGCCUAAUGUGACAACCUUUUGGAAUUGUCGCCGCCGCCGUGUUCUUUCCGGACAAAUCAUCCCAGAUAGAGAGCUAUGGUUAACUCGUCUAAUUCUACGGACUCAUCCGCGAUCCAAUGAGACCAUAUUUCACAGGCAGUGGGUUAUACGCACCUACUAUGCGAAGUCAGUGAACACAUUAUCAAUGGAAUUGGAAGUUUGCGAUGAGAUUGCUGAUGCUUAUCGGUUGCACUACGGUUUAUGGGACUAUCGGAGAUUUCUUGUGGAUCAAAUUGGACCAACGGCCUUCGAAAAGGAGUUGAUGCGACUCGACGAAUGGCUUUCCUCCCAUCCCACAGAUGCUAGUGGAUGGACCUACUUGGCCCAGCUACUGGAACGUACAGUCAGAUGUUCCGUACCGCGAUGCAAGGAACUGGUUGCCGAACGAUUAAGUCACGUGAGCAGCUUGUUAAAAUCCUAUCCGGAACGGGAGUGUCUGUGGAUGUUUAUGCGAACCGCGUUAUGCCUGCUCAAACAAUUGGAUCGUGAUUCUGCGACGGAUUUUGUAGCAAAUCAAACGGAAAUAUUCCCGAGUGAGGCACGACCCAUAAUUGCGGAACUCGUCAAAGUUCACGUGCAGUUCAAGUCCAUGGAAAGCUAUUUAGACUGGGCUUUCGAGAAUGGUCUCACACGUUUCCCCCGUGCUCAAAUGAGUUGGACAGAACUUCUUCGACUGCGUCACCUUUUUUGGUUAGGACGGGACUUUCUGUUGUCAAUGGUGGAUAGAGUUUUCUCCUGAUUUUCUGUCGUUUUUUACUGUCAUUAUUAUGGUGAUAUUCCCUCGUGCUGAACUUCCCUCUAACUUUUUAUUAUAGGGGCUCUAGCUGUAACCGUUUCUCCCGUAGGUACAACAAAGACCGGGUGUGUUUAGCAAAAU